GUUUCACACUGGCUCUCUCUGUUUCACUGUGUCUGCUCAUUUUUCACAGUAUUCCUUCUAUUUUUAAUGUGUACACAUGACGCUAUCUGUGUGAGUCAUCAAAAAUGACAAGACAUGAUGUUUCCAAGCUGAAGAGUUGGUUAUGUUGCUGUCCUUAUCUAAUAUUGGGGAGUAAUUAAAGGAUACUGUCAUGCACGUGAUGCAUAAAUUAUUCAUACUGCGGAGUCUCUGACCUUCUCUUAAACACACACACUCGACUCUCUUCGUAUUUCUGCGCCUCGCUCAGCUGAAGUGCCGCUUUUCAACUUUCUCACCAUCACCGCUUCUACUCUGCUUUCUAGAAAACAGGAUGGUGUCUGGUGCUAUUGCUUUGGCCUUCGUUCCCCUCCUGCUGACACUGAUCAUCAGGUACCGCUACUACUUUGUGCUGUUAUAUCGGGCAGUUCUGGUCAGGAUAUGGAAGGACUGCAUUACUGGUCUGACUCGAGAGGAGCGGGCCUACCAGUAUGUCCUCACCCAUGCCACCCCCGGAGACCCUGACAGCAUUCUUGAAGCCUUCGAUGUCUGGUGCAGCAAGGUGGAGUUCAUCAGCAACAUCGGGCCUAAAAAAGGGAAGAUCUUGGACCGGCUGCUGAUGGAACAGAGGCCUCUGACAGUCCUGGAGCUGGGAGCCCACUGUGGAUACAGCACCGUCCGGAUUGCCCGGAGUCUGCCGCUGGGAGCCAGACUCUACAGCAUUGAGAUGGACCAGAGGAACGCUGCUAUCGCUGAGAAAAUCAUCCGCUUGGCAGGUUUUGAUGAUGACACGGUGGAGCUCAUUGUGAAUCCAUCGGAUGAGGUGAUCCCUCGUCUGCGAUCUGACUACAAUCUGGAGAGGCUGGAUUUUGUCUUCAUGGACCACUGGAAGAAAUGUUACCUCCCUGAUCUACAGACACUGGAGGGCUCUGGUCUACUGGGAAAAGGAUCUAUGAUUUUGGCCGACAACGUGCUGUUUCCUGGAGCUCCAAAGUUCCUCAGACACCUUCGCAGGAGUGGCCUGUAUCAGUGGAAGAUCCACCGGGCUACGCUGGAGUAUAGCAAGGGCAUCAGGGAUGGGAUGGCCGAGCUGGUGCACCAAGGAGUCAAGUAGACCUCGCAGACCAAUAUAUGACACUCUCUUAACCAAAUGUACAACUUAGGAGUGGCAUGGUUUGAAGGUAUACCCCAUGUUAAAGCAUUUUUUUUUAGGAAAAUUGUGAUGAAGACUGUAAAUUAUCUAAUGAAAACCAGAAUAUCCCAGUCUUUGGUGUGUAUUACAUUUCAAUUAAAGGAAAUUCAGGAAUGUCUUCCAAAAUACCUCAGUACAGGUGCCCUCUCCUGGGUGAAAAAAGGAGGACUAUCAGGAAAACAAAAUGUCAUGUACCACCAUGAUGAUCCCAUGUGCACAAUGUUCACUUCUUCAUUUCUGCUGGGA